AUCACCCAAACCUACAGUAAAUGUGAAUAUACUGUAUCUGUUACUCUCCAGCACUGAUAUUAUAUAGUUGGUUUGUUUUAUUAAAUUCUGAACAGUUGUUUUUUGUGCUUAUAUUUUUUAAUUUAAUGACCAAAAUCUAUCUACUCUAUGAUUUAUUAUACUCAUAACUAUAUCUAACAUCAUAGAUGUUUUUUGCCGGAAAUUCUACGGAAAAUAUUUUAAAUAUUAAUCAUGUGGUGAUGCCUAUUUGUGGAUAAUCCAGUGAAUCAAAUAAAACCUCAUUUGAUUAUUCAAACAGAUGGUUCCUAUUCUAAAGUUUGAUUCAGAGCCACAUUUAAAACCGCACAUCAAUUCUGUAUUAAUGCAGUAAAUCCCAUUGUUGCUUAUUAAACACCUGGUAACAAGUUCUUCUCAUCUUGACUUGUUUGAGACAUGCUACAUUCUGUUGUGUUCCAACAUUGAUAAUAAUCAGAAAUGUUUCUUGAGCAGCAAAUCAGCAUAUUAGAAUGAUUUCUGAAGGAUCAUGUGACACCGAGGACUAUAGUAAUGAUGCUGAAAACUCAGCUUUGCAUCAUCAGGUAUAAAUUACAUUUUAAAUGUAAUUUAUAAACAUCGUACCAUCACAUUGUAUACCUCCAGCUGUAACGUUUAGUAUGUUUGUAUGUGAGAUUGCUUGUGAGUCACAUCACCCGCCUCGAAAGGAGUAUUUAUGAAGCACAAGUGCAGCGCAAGUUCAUUAGCACAAAUCCCAUUGAGCCCAAGCGUGUGUCUUUGACUGUUUCUAUUAGUGUUUUUGGCUCAUUUGUGGGUGCCCUCAUUCACCUCUACAGAUUAUGGUGCUGUGCCGGCUAUCGACUGUCUCUCCGCUCUCUGUUUUCCCUCUCUCCCUCCCUCUCAUGAUGGUAAAAAUAUCUGCAGACAGCAGGAACACAGGCACAGCUCUCUCUCGCUCUCGCUCUCUCUCUCUCCCACCCAUGUGAUCUCUCAGGCAGGCGUCGCUGUGCACAAUCUCCAGCCCUCCGCCGGCUGCAGCUAAUGAGUCUUUGUGUGGCUCGAGCGAAUGAGAGCGAGUCUUCGGUCUGUUUUAGACCGGAGCGUAUGCUAACAGCAGUGGAGACCGAGAGCGCACGCUUUACCUCUCUCGCCCCGGUCUCCUCUCGAGUCCGAGUGAAAUGGAGGGCCAUCAUUCAGCACAUCUCAUCUGGCUCUGAAAAGGCUCCUCUGAGAGAAGUGCCGUGGUGAGAGGGAGGAGAGUAACGCGGCGGCGGACGCAGCCAUGAGUGGGAUUCUGAAGAGGAAGUUUGAGGAGGUGGAGGGGGCGUCGCCCUGCUCGUCACUGAGGGAGUCGGAGGAGGAGGAGAUCUCGAGCACUGAGAGCGGAGACAGCAGCGACAGCGUCAACCCAUCGGCCUCGCACUUCACCCAUUCCUCAUCAGCAUCAUCCUCAACAUCAACACACAUGCUGCAGCGGACAGCAUCCUCGAUACUGAAGCGAGAGAAGAGGAUGAGGACAAGGAGGGUGCACUUUGAGAAGGUGACGGUGUAUUAUUUCAGCCGGAGGCAGGGAUUCACCAGCGUGCCCAGCCAGGGUGGCAGUACUCUGGGCAUGUCCAGCAGGCACAGCUGCGUGCGGCAGUACACGCUGGGAGAGUUCGCCAUGGAGCAGGAGAGAAUCCACAGAGACAUGCUCCGAGACCACUUGAAAGAGGAGAAACUCAACUCUAUCCGGCUGCGGUUGACGAAGAACGGCUCGGUGGAGUCCGACGAGGCCAACGCUCUCACGCUGGACGACAUCUCUGAUGAUGACCUGGACAUUGAUAACACAGAGGUGGACGAAUACUUCUUCCUUCAGCCUCUGACCACUAAGAAGCGGCGUGCUCUACUGCGCUCGUCCGGCGUCAAGAAGAUUGACGUGGAGGAGAAACACGAGCUACGAGCCAUUAGGGUGUCCAGGGAAGACUGCGGCUGUGACUGCAGACUCUUCUGUGACCCUGAGACCUGCACAUGCAGCCUCGCCGGCAUCAAGUGUCAGGUGGACCGUAUGUCAUUCCCGUGUGGCUGCACAAAAGAGGGCUGCAGCAACGCAGCCGGCAGGAUCGAGUUUAACCCCAUCCGAGUGCGGACUCACUUCCUGCACACCAUCAUGAAGCUGGAACUCGAGAAGAGCCGCGAGCAGCAGCAGAAUUCUGGAGCCGCCGCGACGGCCGGCAACGGGUUCCACAGUGACCCAAACGGUCAUUGCAGCCCGUUGGCGACGGGCCAGCAUUCACUGGAAUACGCGAUCCCGGAUACAGUCCCGCAGACCACCAUCAUGCAUCUGCAGGCUGGCGACGACAUAGACGAAGCCUUGGACGAAGAGGAGGAGGAGGAAGAGGAAGACGAGGAUGAUGAAGAGGAAGAAGAAGAAGAUGAUGAAGAUGAGGAGAACGAAGAUGACGAGGAUGAGAGCAGCAGUCUAUGCAGUCUGUCUGACUCCAGCACACAGAGUUUGGCGAAUAGCGACUCUGAGGAGGAAGACGACGAUGAGGACGAAGACAAGACUGUGGAGUUUGACACGGGAUUGGCCAAUAGCGAGGUGGCUCCGCCCCCCUCCGUGAUGUGUUACUCAGAGAAUACGGUCGCGUCGGACAACCAAACGAACGGCAACUCCUACUUCAUCAACUCCACCGCGGAGUACUACCCGAUGGAAAACGCUACUCCUCCUGUACUUUUAGCCUCCGCCAACCAAUCUAAUGAGCCCUACAUAGGGGACACGGCCUCCUAUCAAGACAGAGUCAAUGACUCCAGUAGGGUCAUGUCUCAGGGUCCCUUCAGUGUGACCGCAGACCAAUACACGGACUAUUCCCAGCAGCCUGAGCAGCCAUACGCCAAUCACCACUUGGCCGUGAUUGGCUGUUGCACCCCGGAGCCGGAUAAAAGUGUCCAAUCCAAAGGGACCUUCCUCAGCCAAUCGGGAGAGCUGAAUCAGAUGGAAUUCCAAAACUAUCUGAACAACAAUACGCAGGAUACAGGCUACAACGCCAACGGGAACUGUUACGUAGCUGAACAGCCAAAGGAGAUGUCUCGCAAUCUGCCCGACGUUUCGCUAGCGGACAACACGAAAGGACCUACUUUACUGGACGCUUUCCCUGAGCCCACUCCGGUUUAGAUUCAGAAAGCGGAAAGAGUAUAAAAGCAGCCUUCGAUGUUUCGUUCUGACAAAUUUCCUGUUUAACGUUUGGGGGGACGGAUCCAAAAAUACGUAUUUUUACUGAACUUUGCAAAGAACAAAAAAAUGAUUUAAACUGCAAAAUCAGAGUGUAUGAUAAGCUUUAGGUUGGGAACAUACUCUACGCAAGUACGCGAAUGCAAACGCUUCUAGCUACAUGAGCUUGAUUUCAAUAACACAGUGGGUCUCACUCACUAAUAACUGCGUGGAUAAUUUUUUCGUUUUUGUAUGCACAGGAGAACUUCUCACAAAAUUUCCGUCUAAUUCAAAACACGUGCAUACGCACAUCAAUUUAAUCUCAACCUUGUUGUAAUGUUAAUGAAUCUGGAGUAUUCUAGAUGACCGACUAUGUGUUAGUCAUUUGCAUAAAACACACCCAAACCAGAGGUCUAAAGAAUACCUGAAAACCAUACUUGAGUAAAAGUACCGAUACCUUACAGUGAAAAUGACUCCAUUACAAGUUACAAGUCACCAAUUCCAAUACGACUUGAGUAAAAGUCUUAGAGUAUCUGAUUUUAGGGGCUUUCGCACCGAAUAGUUCUAGGAACCCAGUUCAAGGAACUAGCCACUAGGAUACUUCCCUGAGAACUAAUUUCUCCCCCAGGCCAUGUUCCUGGUUGCAUUCGCACCAGGAAUAGGAAUUGUGAAGCGGCCGACAGCGGCGUCUUUUUAGAGCGGCAUUUAAAAAUGCUAAAAACCGGUGGAUGUAAGCGUGAGCUGUGUUUGUUGUGUCGAGGGUUUCGUGAUAAUGGAGAUGGAAUGUAAACGCAUAAUUUACACGACUGAAAGAGCAAAAAUUGUGGCUAAGAGACGAAAUCUCCUAUGACAACUUUCAGUAUUACAUGUCAUAGAAGUGAACACAACCCUGCAGACAACAGGUAAAUGCUGUUAUCGCUGUUUUCACAGUGUUUACACGGCUUUUUAAAAAUGGUGUUUGACAUGCAUUUGACCAAUCAACGUACACUUACGUCACUGAUAGUUCCUAUAGUGCUGGUUUAGACCCUACUCUGAAGUAGGAGAUAAUUUAGUUCCCCUAAAAGGAGUUCCUAGAACUAAAAUUGUUCCUAGUUCUUGCGGUGCGAACACGGCAAAAUCCGGGUACUUCAGCCAAUGGUUCUAGGAACUAUGAAAAGGUUCCUCCGGUGCGAAAGCCCCUUUUAACAGUACUUAAAGGGGACCUAUAAUGCCCCUUUUACAAGAUGUAAUAUAAGUCUCUGGUGUCCCCAGAAUGUGCCUGAAGUUUCAGCUCAAAAUACCCCACAGAUCAUUUAUUAUAGCCUGUCAUCCAAUUUGGGUGUGAGCAAAAACACAGCCGUUUUUGUGUGUCUCUCUUUAAAUGCAAAUGAGCUGCUGCUCCCGGCCCCCUUUCCAGAAGAGGGCGGAGCUUUAACAGCUCGAGCUUCGGUUGCUCAACAACAACAAAGCUGGAGAAUCUCUCGCAGACAAAAUGAGGAUUGUCAGUAACAGUGUUCAGCCUUACAUUGUUCAAACCGGAGUCGACACUGAUGGAGAGACUCAGGAAGAAGUUACAACUUUUAGAAUGAAACUGGACGUUUCUGAAUGGUUAGUGGAUAAAUUUAUGUAGUUGCUGUGGAGUUGAUUCAACUCAUCGACUAGCAUGUGCCGUCAUGUUAAUCUUUUGUGCAAAACUUGUAUGGACGCCCACUACACAUAAGUAUGUGAAUUCAUGAUUUGUUUAUGAAAACGAUUUUGUGCAGAUUUCACACAAAUUUGUGCAUACACACACUUAGUGAAGGAGACCCAUUGUUUUUAAUGCAACAGAAGAUAUUCUAGCGGCACCUUGAGGUUUGUUACCGCCAGAACGAGAACUUAAAGGGACAGUUCACAAAAAAAUGAAAAUUUUGUUAGGAUUUACUCACCCUCAUGUCAUUCCAAACCUGUUUGACUUACUUUCUUCAGUGGAGAACAAAAGAAGACCUCCAUAUAAAGAAGGUAAAUGAGGUCCAAUGUUGCUUGGAUUCCAACUAUAUCUCCUUUUGUGUUCUGCAGAAAAAAGUCAUGCACGUUUGGAAUGACAUGUGGGUGAACAAAUGAUGACAGAAUCUUUAUUAGUGGGUGAACCGUGAGUCAGUGCUUGCCAAGCGUUUGCGUUUACAUACUAGCGUGAAGUAUAUUCCUGACCUUAAGCUCGUGCAAUGUUUCUUGUAAUUUCAAAAAGUUCUAGUUUUGAGCAGAAAUGUGGAUAGAACUUUUCUAUGUAUCUGUGUCCGUGGUGCAAAAAAGAAAACAAAGAAAAAAAAGAUUGUUGCUGUUAGUGUUCUGAAGUAAAUGUAUAUCUAAAUGUUUGAUAAAAGCAUGUUUUUUUGUUUUUUUUUAGCUUUCAUCGCUGGUUUAUGGUUUUGUAAGAGUUCGAUGUACUGUAAAAGAGAAAAAUAAUACUGUUACGUUUUCGUACACAUACUUCAUGCUUUUAAAGAGUUGGUGAAAGCAUGAAAACGGCUCUUAAAAUGUGUGCUGUUCAUUUGCCUUUGCUUACAAAACCAAAACCAUGAUAUUUAAGUUGUGAACACGAUACAUUUCCUCAACAUAAUUGCACUUUUCCAUUGGCUGAUGUUACACAGAACCGUAACCAAUCGUUACCUGAGCACUGAGGGGGGCGGGGCUAUCUGGUACCGUGCCAUGUCUACGGCUGUGUUCGGAAUGGAAUACUUGCUUACUACUUAGUGAAUACUGGGUAGUAUAUACUGUAUACUAGCUACUAUUUUAAAAAGGAUUCAUUUACUUAUUUUCAUAUAUGUCUUCUUAACAUACACGAACAUAAUUUCUUAACAUUUCGUGAGUCAAGAAAAAGAAAAAUGUCACUCAAUACACAUACUGCAUGCAUAGUAGUAUGUUAGCAUGCUAUUCCGAACACAGCCUUAGAUUAUGUUUUUAUAACAUAUCUCCAAGUUUUUAGUGGAGACAUGAAGGGUGUUUUUCCAUGACAAUAACAAGAAAAUGAUAUAUCACAUCUAUCUGCAUUUGCUUUAAAAAGGCAGAUAGAAGACAGAAAGUAGUUAGAUAACAGAUUUAACUUUUUAAACCAGAUUAAGAUAAUGAAAAUGGUCAAACUCUUUGUCUUAUGAUACUGAAGUCUUACAUUAUCUUUGGGAUUAUGCAGGGAUUUCUGAUGAAAUGCACUUUGAAAUGCAUCAAGUUACUGCGAACGAAGCAUUCCGUUUCCGUCAGGCAAAGAUGAUUUUAAAAAAGUGUUUAAAUGACAAAGUUUAGAAUACAAAUUAACUAAUAUUAGGUUUGUACAAGGUAAUGCUUUAAAUUUAUUGCAUAAUUGAAAGUAUUGAAUGGAUGGAGGCCAGGAAGGUGAACAGAUUUUUCUCAACUUAUAGAAAAUAUUUUAUGCCAAGAUGUGAAAAUAUUCUCUCAAUAACUGUGCUUUAGAUUUUGAGAGAGAGAAAAAAAGAGAGAAUAAUUCUUGUCAAGGUUAUUUAAUUUAAGAAUAAGCUAUGACUGAACAAAUCAUUCUGAAGAGUAAUUUGUUAAGUGCAAUAGUUUACAGUGUGAUAAUGCCACACAUUAAAGCUAAUGUUCAUUCAAAGGAGUGAAUUCAUUUCACAUCAGAUUUCCUACCGUGUUAAAGGGAAAGCUCAUCUAAAGAUAAAAAUUGCUAUUAUUUACUCACCCUCAUCCAUGUCGUUCCAAACCUGUAUGCUGUUAUUCAUUUCCCCUAAAAAAAAAAGAGAGAAUUUUUAAAAAUGUUCAUACUACUUUAAAACAACAGAUAUCUAUAUAUAUAUAUAUAAAAUGACCUGAGGGUGUUUAAAUAAUCAUUUUUGUGUGAAUUAUUACCUUAAAGCACUGACGAGUUUAGAUAUAAAGCUGUUUUUAACGCACAGACAUUAUGAUGCAUCUGUCAGUUUGUUUAUCCUCUUGAUGGAAAGAGAGGCAUUGUCCAAUGGAGAAUGUCCCUCAAUAAGCUCAAGACAGGACAAUCAAAUGCCUUUUAUGUCAUCAACAUUGUAGCAUGACCUCUGAAAUAAUCAGAUCCUUAAAGGUGAAGUGUAUCGUUUAAAAACUGUAAUACGCAGAUACAACUAUAAGUAAGACCUUUACCCUCAUGUAUCAAUCCAGACAGCAACUCUUUAUUCUACAGACAUGAAUUAAUACCUCAAAACAUUUGGCUUGGAGAGGUGUAUGAUUACUUUCCCCAAUGGAGGCCCAUUUACGGCGCAUAAUAAAGUAAUAAUUACAUCAACUGAAAUUAUGACAUAUAUCGAAGUUAUGAGAUUGUUUUGACGCAAGUCAUAAUUAUUACAUACUAAGUCAUAAUUAUGAGAUAAAAUGUCAUAAUUGUAAUAAAAAUUAUGACAUUGAAAGUCAAAAGUGACAAAAAGCCAUUAUUAUGACAAAAAUUCUGACUUUUUAUGCCACAAGUAUGACUUUGUCACUUUUGAUGUCAUAAUUGUUUUGACUUUUUAAUCUCAUAAUUUUAACUGUUUGUCAUAUAAUUAAGACUUAGUAUGUCAAUUUUAAGCAUCUACCUAUAACCCCAGCAACCACAUAUAAUGUGGUGCGGAAAUAUACACCUUUAAAGAAGAAACAAAGAAGAGAUGUGUUUUCAGAUGACUGAAAAUACUGAAUGUUGUGAUGGGAAUCUGCAGGGCAGCAGCAUUGGAUCACUGCCUUGGCUUAAGUAACCAGUGGUUUACUUAAACGCGAAUGCCUUCAUUUUCUAAUUCAUUUUUUGCCAUUGUUUCAGAUUCUACGAAGGCAACUUCACACUGUUUUGCCUUCUAGAAUUUAUUUUCUGGACAUCGGUCCAGAUUUGUCUUUAAUUCACCUCUUGACUUACACACACAGUGCUGGUACAACAGACCUCAAUCUUUGAUGCAUUAUGGGAUAUGAAAGACACGUGUACAGAUGUAAUGUCAUUGAGCCUGUACUACAGCGGGACCGGAUGAACUGGAGUCGUCAUAUCAUGUUACCAGUUAGAAUCGCAGUUCUCGUUCUGUUUUCAGUAUUUCUUAUGAAUGAUCUAUUAUAAUGUGUAUUUAUUGUGCGUUACUUAAACGGUAUGUAUUGAAUAAAAAUUCUCUUUGUUAAA